GUAUUCGCAUUCGUCAAUUAGCAACCGGCGCGAGCGGGUCGCGUGUGUGGAAAAUAAAUUCCGUGUUUGAUAUUUUUCAUAAAAAGAGUCGAUCGGAUCGGAAUUGUCGGCUGGAAAAACUUUCCAAUAUCAUUUCCAAAAUGGCUACCCGAGGGGCGAAUGUGAUUUGGUUCCGACACGGAUUGCGACUCCACGAUAAUCCUGCUUUGUUGGCGGCCCUCGCCGAAAAGGAUCAGGGCAUAGCCCUGCUACCUGUCUUUAUUUUCGAUGGAGAGAGUGCAGGAACCAAAAAUGUUGGCUACAACAGAAUGCGCUUCCUGUUGGACUCUCUCCAGGACAUUGAUGAUCAGAUCCAAACUUUAACUGAUGGACGUGGCCGGCUCCUUCUCUUCGAGGGAAAACCGGAGCAUAUUUUUCGGCGCCUGCAUGAGCAACUGCGUUUGCACAAAAUCUGCUUGGAACAGGACUGUGAGCCUAUCUGGAACCAUCGGGACGAGACCAUCCGAUCGCUAUGCCACGAAUUGGGCAUCGAGUUCGUAGAAAAGGUUUCCCACACCCUGUGGAAUCCACAAAGUGUGAUCGAGACGAAUGGGGGCAUUCCACCUCUUACAUAUCAAAUGUUUUUACACACUGUGCAAAUCCUCGGCUUGCCGCCACGGCCUGUCAAUGAUGCCCGUCUGGAGGAUGCCUCUUUUGUCCAGAUGGACCCAGAGCUGCUGCGCAAUCUUGGCUAUUUGGAGCAGAUACCCACUCCGGAACACUUUAAUGUGUACGGGGACAACAUGGGAUUCCUGUCCAAGAUCAGGUGGCGCGGCGGCGAAAGGCAAGCCCUGCUGCUGCUGGACGAGCGUCUGAAGGUGGAGCAGCACGCGUUCGAGAAGGGCUACUAUAUGCCUAACCAGGCGCUGCCGAAUAUCCAGGAAACGCCCAAGUCUAUGAGCCCCCACUUGCGAUUUGGAUGCCUUUCGGUGCGCCGCUUCUAUUGGAGUGUCCACGAUCUCUUCAAGAAUGUCCAGCUAAGAGCCUGCGUACGUGGCGUUCAGAUGACGGGCGGAGCCCACAUCACUGGCCAGUUGAUUUGGAGAGAGUACUUCUACACAAUGUCCGUGAAUAAUCCCAACUACGACCGCAUGGACGGUAACGAGAUCUGCCUAAGCAUACCCUGGGCGAAGCGGGAUGAGACUCAGUUGCAGAAAUGGCGUCUGGGCCAGACCGGAUUUCCGCUGAUCGAUGCUGCAAUGCGUCAGUUACUGGCCGAGGGUUGGCUCCACCAUGUGCUCCGCAACACGGUGGCUACCUUCCUGACCCGAGGCGGCUUGUGGCAGAGCUGGGAACACGGCGUGCAACACUUCCUUAGGUAUCUCUUGGACGCCGACUGGUCGGUCUGCGCCGGCAACUGGAUGUGGGUCUCCAGUUCGGCGUUCGAGAGGCUGCUGGACUCCUCUUUGGUGACCUGUCCGGUGGCCCUGGCCAAGCGUCUUGACCCGGACGGUGCCUACAUCCGGCAAUAUGUCCCUGAGUUGAAGAAUGUACCCAGGGAGUUUAUACACGAGCCCUGGCGUAUGAAUCUGCAGCAGCAGGAACAGUACGAGUGCCUCAUCGGAGUCCACUAUCCGGAUCGUCUUAUCGACCUUUCCAAGGCCGUGAAAGGCAACAUGCUGGCCAUGAAGACCCUACGGGACUCCUUGAUCACACCACCGCCGCACUGCAGGCCCUCGAACGAGGAGGAAGUGCGAACCUUUUUCUGGCUUGCGGAUUUGACGAUUUAAGGACCAGAGGUCCUAUAUCCAAAAUAUUCCUACUGCAAUACGCAAUAAAUAGUCAUUUACCCGGUGUAUAUUAUAUAUCAUUAAUAAUGCUUUAUUUUCUUCAAUUAAAAUAAUUUCUACAAUACAAUUUGUAUUUGUUUUUAUUUGGUUUCGAUUUAUUUUUAACAGCUUAUAACGUGUUACUCAUGUAUCAAUUUUAUUCAGCUUACUUUAAAAAUCGUUUAUGGUGUAUAUGUAUAUAAUUAUUAUUAUCAUUUGUAUUACGUUAUUAAAUUAUAUGUUAAUUAACAGCAUUAA